AUGUACCACAAUGAGCGCGAGGUCGGUAACGCCAUAACCGACUUCCUCAAGUCUCCCAACAACAUUGCGAACCACAAGCGCGAAGACAUUCACUACACAUCCAAGCUUGCAAGCAACAGUGACUACAACACAGCAAGAAAGAGCAUCAAGAAGAGUGUGCAAGAGUGCGGGCUGGGAUACAUCGACCUCUUCCUCUUGCACAGUCCUUACGGAGGAAAGAAGGCUCGUCUGGAGAGUUGGCGCGCCGUCGAGGACGCCAUCAUGGACGGUGAAAUCAAGAUUGGAGGUGUCAGCAACUACGGUGUCCAGCACCUGCAGGAGCUCCUCGACUCGAAGCCACGCAUCCAUCCGGCCGUCAACCAGAUCGAAGUGCAUCCAUUCAACACUCGCACCGACAUCACCUCUUUCUGUCAGAAGAAUGAUAUUAUGGUCGAGGCAUAUGCGCCUCUGGCGCGCGCUCUGCGCAUGAAGCACCCCGUCAUUGUCGAGCUCAGCAAGAAGUACAACUGCAACCCGGGCCAAUUGCUGGUGAGAUGGUCGGUUCAACAUGGCUACGUGCCGCUGCCCAAGAGCGUCAAGAAGGAGCGUAUCGUGCAAAACGGCGACAUUGGAGGAUUCGAGAUUGAGGAGAGCGACAUGACCAAGAUGGAUGGGCUGGACGAGUAUUUGGUGACAGGUAAGAAUGAACUGAAGAGGAAAAGAGUCAUCUGCCGGGAUGUUUUCGCUGACUUGCCAUUGUCAUCUCCANNGACUGGGAUCCGACGGAUGCGCCGUAAACCCCCGCCUGGANNGACCGCUGUCGGAGGGUGGCUAUCUCAAAUGUGUUCUCGUCUUAUCAGUUGUUGA